AUGGUGGGGUCCCUGAGCACUGUGCUGCUGCAGUCCUCCUCGGAGACCAUCUACCUGGCGGGCACGAUGGUGUCCUCCCAGCAGCUGGACAUCCACAAGGGCAUCCUGUUGGCCAUCGGCACCACGGUGGGCGCUAGCUUUCUGCCGUUGCUGGUGGCUAUGAUGCCGUGCGACCGGCUGCACCUGACACGAGCGGUGUGGGGCGUAGCCUCGUUUCAGCUGAUGAAGCUCUUCGCGCUGCUCAGCUGCGCGCUGCUUCUAGUGCCUGCAGAGAUGCUGAGCCACGGCCAGCUGCUGGGCUUUACCCAGGUCUUGGUGGACCACAUGGGAGAGAUCGGCAUAAACUACGUGAAUCCAGCUACGUGGGUGGUGAAGCCUUUGUCCGAUGCCUUGGUGAAGAUCAACCAAUGGCGUCUCAAGGCCUUUGUCCUCGGCCCACAGGAGGUCUCGUACGUGGCGGCCGCCAGGUGUCUCUCCAACUCCUGUGGAUACUCCUGCUUGUCGGACCAGGUCCAGGAUACCUGGCAAUCCCUGGACGCCCAGCAGUACAAAGCCCUGGAUGUUUGCAGCGAGUUCUUCGGCACAGCCAACUGCACCGGUGAUCGCCCCUGGUGCCUGCUGUCUGGAAAUAUGUUCUGGGAUGUUGUGGUUGAACAGCCGAACCUCUUCGAAGUGGGCGGCGUGGUCUCGGGCUUCAUUUGCGGCCUCGUCUUCCUUUCUGGCGCUAGCGUCUUCUUCUUGCGGGAUCUUUCAAAGAUGGGCAGAUGCCGCAAGGUGGUGGAGAAGGUGGUGGCAGUGCCCUCGGCUCUGGCCAGCUUUGGGGUCAUGGUCUUCACCCUGCUGCUGAUGCACGACAGCGUCUUCGUGGUCUGCGUGCUCACGCCCCUGUGCGGCCUGGGAUUAUUGCCAGCGCCCAAGAUGAUGUGCUGGGCUAUGGCAGCGGAGGUGGGAGCCGCAUUGGCGCUCAUUGCCCGGGGUGCCACCGAGCUACCUUUCGCAGAAGGAGUCGUUCAGAUGGCCUGGGUGCAGCUGUUUUGCAGCAUCCUGGCCGUGUUGCUCACAGCCCUGCCGUGUGUCCGCAGGUUAGCCUGCCACUGCGGCCUGCUGUGUGCCACUGCCAGCCACGAGUUUCUCAUUUUUCUGGUGGUUUGGGCGGCCGGGAUCCCGGCAGUGCUCGCGGGCAUGUUUGCAGUGAGCUUGCUUUGGGACUCCUCGCCCUCCUUUACGGUUUGCAUCCUCCUGGUGGUGCUGCCCCUUGUGAUGGCCACGGUGAUUUGGUGCUGCCUUCGGUCGGAGUGGCUCCUACCCAUUGACGUGCGAGAGCAGGUCCGAGAAGAAUGUGAGCGGUGCGAAGUUGCCACCCGCCCAGCCACAGCGGUGCAAAGCCCGACCAGUCCCAACAGGUUGUCUCCCCCGGGACUGCGACCUGUGAGCCCGCAUCGGGAUCGGGCUGAGAGCGCCACACCUGCCACGCAGUGCGUCAGCCCACCGCGGGCGGCCAACAUCAGCCCACAGUUCAGAUCCCCGGUGCCGGUGAUCAAUGUGCGCUCGCCACCCUCCAACCAAACACAGAUGAAGACACCCUCGCUGUCCGCCUCGCCGGCCAACGAGAUGCCACACCUGGAGGUGCUUGAGGCCACGGGGUCCGAAGAUCACUGCGCCGAAGCCAGUGAUGCCGGUGGUUCCCCGCUCCUCACGGCCCAGCGGCUCGGAAAGUACCAGCAGCUCAGCUGA